GCGGGAGGGCGCGCGCCGCCACUCACAAACACCGCGUGAACGACGCCAUACUGGACGCUCUACCUUCACGCCGCCUCCCCCAACCGCCAUUAUCGGCCAUGUCCUACGGCAGAGGAAACAACGAAUGCCGUAUCUACGUCGGGAACUUACCCCCGGACAUCAGGACGAAGGAUAUCGAGGAUUUGUUCUACAAGUUUGGGAAAAUUGUCUUUAUAGAUCUGAAGAACCGUCGAGGGCCACCAUUCGCCUUCGUGGAGUUUGAGGACGCAAGGGAUGCGGAAGAUGCUGUCCACUCGCGUGAUGGAUAUGACUAUGAUGGCUAUCGACUACGAGUGGAGUUUCCUCGUAACAGCCUGCCUGGAGCUGCCAGAGGAGCUUCUGGUAGAGGGAGAGGCCGAGGGCCUCCUGCAAGAAGAUCACAAUAUCGCGUUCUAGUUACAGGAUUGCCUCCAACGGGCAGCUGGCAGGACUUAAAAGACCACAUGCGAGAAGCUGGGGAUGUAUGUUAUGCAGAUGUUUACAAAGAUGGCACUGGAGUUGUUGAAUUUCUCCGUUAUGAGGAUAUGAAAUAUGCCGUUAAGAAGUUAGACGACUCAAAGUUCCGCUCACAUGAGCAGGGGGAAAAUUCCUACAUUCGUGUCAAAGAAGAUUAUGGAGGAUCUAGUCCAGCCUCGGGCGGUGGUGGGGGUGGUCGUGGACGGUCACGGUCCCGAUCGCGUUCACCUCGUGGAUACCGAGGUUCUCCCACUUACUCUCCAGUGCGACGAUCAUACUCACGGUCACCCUCACGAUCUCGGUCUAGGUCCCGAGAGCGUUACUAAAGUCUGAAAUGAGUACAGUAUGUGAUUCCUGGUACAAGUCUUGGGUUGAGAAGAAUGAAGAAUAUCUAGCCCCCAUGACUACCUAUUGGAGUUACCCAAUUUUGUGAUGGGUGCCAAGUAAUAGGCUGCAGCAUCCUAUUUGGACUCAUCUUUAAAAGGAGCUGUGAUCUCCACACUGACC